GUUGGUGUUGGUUUGAUGCAUAUGUACUUGGCGGUUCCCCUGACACUUAAAAGAGCAUGUCAAGUCAUCGUGGUAACACAGGGCAGCAGGGGCAGCUUGCCCUAGCUUGAGCCUUUCCCAGAAUGCACCAGCUGUUCCGUCUAGUGUUGGGACAGAGAGACCUGUCCCGUGCAGGAGACCUCUUCUCUCUGGAUGACAGCGAGAUUGAAGACUGUCUGUCGCAAGCCCUGGAGGAAAUCAAAGUCAUAUCCUGCUCUACAGACUACCUGACCAAUGACAAUGACCAGGCGGUGGUGGAGAUCUGCAUUACACGCAUCACUACAGCGAUCAGGGAGACAGGCUCGAUUGAGAGGCAUGGAGCAUCUCUUGUGUCCUUAUGGGAGUCAUGUCUUGAACAUAACCUCCAGCCGCAGGGCAAAGAUGAAGACACACCUCAUGCCAAGAUUGCCUCCGACAUCACCAGCUGCAUCUUGCAGAAUUACAACAGGCCUCCAGUGAUGGUGUUAGCGGUCCCUGUGGCGGUGCGGUUCUUGCAGCAAGGGAACCAAGAGCUGAGUAGAAACAUGUCCAGCUACUUGUCACUGGCUGCCAUUGCGAAAGCUGAACUCCUGGCCCAACACACUGAGGCCAUCACCUGCAGCGUACUGACAGGUAAUGCCAUGCUGUUGAGAGUGCUGCCAUCCGUAUAUCCACGACAACCAGGGCCAAUCCAUCAACACAUCCGUGAGCUGACGGCGAUGAUGUCCCAGCUGGACCAAGCCGGUAGACACCACCUGCUCAGACUACUGCAGAUGAUUUCUGACCUUCACCCCCUGGUUUUAUCGUCUUUGGUACCAUCGUUGAUUGGUUACCUCAGUGACAAUGAUCUCAGUGACACUGCCCUGGGUGUGUUGGUUAACGUGGCUCAGGCAAGCCCUGCCUCUCUCGCUCCCUACCUGUCAACACUGAGAAAUGUAGGUCAGAAGAACCCUUGGUUGUUGGGACACAUCGCUAAGAUCCAUGGGACAGUGGGUCUGACUAGUGAGGUCCAGGCCCGCGGGGCGCUGCAGUAUCUGGUGUCUCUGUUAGCGAGUAUGGAGCACAGCGCCCAUCACACACUACUGCUGGAAAUCCGCUGCCUGACCGAUCGCUACACCUCCAUCCUGGGCGGCGGAGGAAAAGACAUCUACCGCAUGAGCAACAGCUUCACCGCCAUCGCUCGACUGCUGGGACGCAAGCUGGAAGCUGAUAGUACACUGAGCAGAGGAGAGGAGAAGGUGCAGGAUUUGUCCAGGCCGAGUGAAGCCAAGUCUAGUUCUGACAUGUUUGCUGAGAACCAGCGUCUCCAGGUGAAGAUCCAGGCUUUUGAUCAGAAGAUGGGAGAUGAGGAGGAGGUGGAGUCUGAGAGAGAGGACGCGUCUCCUGGUCCUCAGAGAUGCCACAGUCUGGGUCAGGCAGCGCGAGACGAGCGCAGAGAGAUGAGGUUCAACAGGUCAAAAAGUCUGGCUCUUCACGCUGUACGCACACAAUCCAUUAACUCUGACAGCAGUCCAGAGGGAGAGGGGUUGGUGGAUGUGAGCACAGAACUCAAUGUCUGUGAGGCCAGUCCCAGCUCAGAGACUGGUCCUGUCCCCUCAACCCUGCAGGAGAACCACAAAGAUCCCACAAAAAAUCAACCCGACACCUCUCCAAACAGUGAGGGGCAAAAGGUGGAGGUUGGAGACCCCCGGGAGGGAGAUCGACUCUGGAUCCACCUGAGAGACAACAUGAAGGAAAUCAAAACCUUCUGUGCCGAAAUGAUCAAACUAAUCCCCAUACCUGAGCACUGUGUCAUUGAAGACUCCCAUCGUGGCUGUGUGGCUAAGCUGUCAUUCUCCUGUCCACUGAAAGGACACUACUGCCUCUAUGGAAAGUCCUGUUUCUCCCUGUGUAGCUGCCAGCCACAUAUCUGGAUCCAAAUCAUGCUUCUGGCACUGCAGAGUAAAGUGAGCGAGGCGUUGUGCUGUCAGGACGAGUGUGUACAGCAGCUGAGGAAACUCUGGGAGAAAACACAGCUGACGGGAGCACACAGCUUCGAGCUGGCCAUGACCCAGACAACUGUUCCUCACAAGAAGGAUGUGGACAGUUUGCUGAUGUAUCUGGAGGAGGUUCGUUUCUUUGACCUGUUCAGCUACAGUGAAGAGGAGGGUGGCUGGCUCUGUUUCAUGUGCAGUAACCCAGAAAAAGCCACAGUCGUUAACCAGGAUGGCCAGCCACUCAUUGAAGGGAAGCUGAAGGAGAAACAGGUACGCUGGAAGUUCAUCAAAAGGUGGAAAACACGUUAUUUCACGCUUGCCGGCAACCAGCUUCUUUUCAGAAGAGGAAAAUCAAAGGACGAGCUGGACGACAGCACAAUUGAACUUAGCAAGGUGCAAAGCGUAAAGGUGGUUGCAAAGAAGAGGCGCGACCGCGGGCUGCCCAGAGCCUUCGAGAUCUUCACCGACAGCAAAACCUACGUGCUGAAAGCUCAAGAUGAGAAGCAUGCGGAAGAAUGGCUGCAGUGCAUCAACGUGGCUGUGGCCCAGGCCAAAGAACGCGAGAACCGCGAGGCCACCACAUACCUGUGACGCCUGUUCUGCCGAGGAUGCUGUCAUACAAACUGGCAUAUCAAGCCACAUGGGUACGUCUUAUUGCUACGCUAUCUCAUUACAAUGGUUUAACAACAUCAACGACAAAGGCCUUGUCUCAAAAGCCACCUUCAGUUGUUGCAGCCAUCCUCCACCUAAAUUCUUGCAAUAGUAGGUCACAGAGACCGUCGGUUA